AGGAACGAUAGAUACAGUGCUAGUUUUUUGAAUUGUGAUGCAUCGGAUGUCUCGAGCUGUUUGACAUGGAUGGAGACGAAGAAACGAUAAAUAUACAAAUCUUCGUACCGGAGCUUCAGAUUCGGAAGUGCCUCACUGUUGGUCUCGACGAUUUCGUAUGGGAUGUGAAACGCAAGCUGCUUGCUACCUUGCCACAGGCUCUGCCGCAGUCUUUCAACUACGGUCUUUUCCUGCCGCCAUGUGAUGGUCGAGCCGGCAAGUUCCUCUUCGAGGACCGGACCGUGCGCGACUACCCAUUCCACGAUUGCGUCCCUUACCUCGAGCUCAAAUACAAGAAACGGGUCUACAAAAUGCUUAAUCUCGACGAGAAGCAUUUGAAGAGUUUGCAUAGUAAGGGAACGUUGAAAAAGUUCAUGGAAUACGUGCAGGCGAAAAAUGCCGAAAAAGUCGAGAAACUUUGCACGCAAGGCUUGGACGCGAAUUUUCACGAUGCUCAGGGAGAAACUCCUUUGACAUUGGCUGCUGGUAUUCCUUCAAAUCGUGCCGUGCUCGUUGCCCUCGUUGGCGGUGGCGCACACAUUGAUUUUCGCAACUCCGAGGGUCAAACUGCGAUGCACAAAGCGGCUUUUCUGUCUUCGUGCGAAAACGUGAAAGCGCUCUUAGAACUUGGAGCUUCGCCAAACUAUCGCGAUCCCAUCGGUCUCACCCCGCUCUACUAUAAUAUGUUGACGACCGAUUCGAACGAUCAGGUGGCCGAAAUGUUGCUACGGGAAGCGGCCGAUAUUGGUGUGACGGACAUGCACGGAAAUCAUGAAAUUCACCAGGCGUGCAAAAACGGUUUGUCGAAGCAUGUUGAGCAUUUGCUUUUCUAUGGUGCCGUUGUCGAUGCCGAGAACGUAAACGGCAACACUCCGCUUCACGUUUGUGCCGUCAAUAAUAGGCCAGAGUGCGCUCGUGUGCUUCUUUUUCGAGGUGCAAACCAUUUGUCAGUGAACAAGCAGGGUCAAACGGCUCUUCAUGUCGCACACAUCGUUGGUAGUGGUUCUGUAGCUGAUAUUAUCGCUUCGCAUAAUCCGUCUACAAGUGUGCCCUACCGUGGUACGCCGCAGUACUCGACCCGACGUCGGAUAUCCACAUCGUUAUCAAAGCGACGUUCGCUCAGUCAGUCAUCGCUCUGUAGUCAGGAGAUCUACCGUACUCCACAAUCACAACGAAGCAUAGCACCGUCAAUUGCUACAUCGGUUGCACCAUCGCCAACUCCAUCGAGAGUUAGCCAUAGCACCGUUACACCUUCGGAGUACGGAACGAUGCGCCGGUUUACACCUGGCAUGGCCCCCGGCCAUGAAGCAAACAUUCCUCGAAUAUUGGUGAUUCCCAGAGGGCCAAAAGGUUUUGGAUUCAUUUUACGUGGAGCAAAACAUGUAACUUCUCCCAUCGAUUUUGAGCCAUCCCCUCUAUCACCCGCUUUGCAAUUUUUCGAAGGGGUGGAUAUGUCGGGAAUGGCUAUGAGGGCUGGCUUAAGGCCAGGUGAUUAUCUGCUCGAAAUAGAUGGUAUCGACGUGAGAAGUGCAAGUCACGAACAAGUGGUACACCUUAUUCAGCAAGCUGGUGCUACCAUCACCCUCAAGGUAAUCACUGUUGAUCCUUCGCUUCCAAUGACCCCGGCGGGAACAUAUCAAGGAGGCCGACUUCGACCAGUUGGCAGCACGUUCACCGGUCCACCACCGAUCCCGAUUCGACACCCGUCGACUUCGCUGUCGCUGCGCGGAAGUCAAAGUCUCUACGGAUUAAGUGACUGGUCAUCUGAUCAAACACCCUGGACUAUUUCCUGCGCCAAGGCGAUGCAUGCUAUUAGGAAACCAAUUCCUAUCUGGCCAGAUAGGAAUUCUUCAGAUUUAGACGAAGAUGGUGAUCAUGAGGACUACUAUGCCCCGGGGCAGUUACGUUCGGCUUACGGGGAAUCCCGAUGCGCAUCCGUGAAACAAAGACAUGGAGGAGGUAGGAGGAUCUCUGCCGCCGAACUGGAGAAUCUGAUGGUAAGGCAAGGAGAACGGCAGAGCUACCAGCCCAUGGCAUAUGAUCAGGACUCGAUAGGGUCACAAACCCCCAAAAAAUACAAUUCUGUGUCGGAUAUGAAGAGAAGAAAGCAGAGGGCAGCUCCUUCCCCUCAAGGGCUGCAACGCUCCUAUGAGUAUCAGACCAGCCAACCCAUAAACGCAAUCUAUGGCUCCCCUAUGAAAACGUACUCGAGUUCGCCAGACAUCAUGAACUCGUUUGACUCCACGGAAGAAGAAUCCGCCUCUACAGCUUCGCCAUCGGACGACAGGCUUUCAUUCGUACCACAUUCGCAAAGCGCUUACUUCCAACAAACCACCGACUACUCGCGCCCAUUCCGACCAGCUUUUCGACCGAAAACGCCUCCUCCUCCGCCACCUCCACCUCCGCUUGCUCAAUCAUCCAUGCCUCAGAUGGCGAAUAGGAUACCCUACGAUCCGACUACACCGCGUGCAGCUGGACUGGCUGCUAAUGCACAUAUUAUCGUUCCACCCAUUCAUGAAGAUACAGCAUCCACAUCUUCACCUCCACCACUUCCGCAGUCACUUCCUCCUUCUAUGGCGUCGAGUGCUAGCAUUGCUCCACCUCCACCGCCACCGCCACCGCCACCACCUCCAGACUUCUUGAAAUCUUCGCCAGCUUCAGCGAUCACGCCAAGUGGUGUUACCAAGGCUGGCAUAUCUGUGGAAGCGUUACGAUCUGUCAACCUCAAAAAACCAGACAAAGAAGAGAAGAAACCUCCGGCUGGCUUGGUACCCAACGGAUCGGCGGAUUUCCAUGCGGAUCUCCGAAAUGCGCUAGCGAAGCGAAGAUGCAAAGUAGCACUUGAUGAUGAUGACGAAAAGAGCGAUGCGGAAUCUGCGCGAUUCGGUGGAUUGUCUCUGCGCGAGUCUGUUCGAGAGAACGUACAACCGAAGGACAACAAACAACACUCACCGCCUGGAAUCGCGAACAAGAAGGACAGCGGGUAUACAUCGUCGCGAACAUCACUGGAACCUUCCGAAUUCGGGGAAGAUCGAAGUGAUAAUGGUGGACAGCGUCCGCACUUCACCGUCAACGUCGCCACGGCCCCUCGUCAGAGCAAUGUGGCUCUGAUCAGCCAGAACAUCGAGGACAACUUCAGCACACGCAAGAACAUCGAUAACAUGUCUGUGUCUUCCACGCUAAGCACACUCUCUGGCUGCUCAUCUGAAUCGCGUCCUACGCCGUCGUCACAGAUCCCAGUAUUGCCACCGAUAGACUACGACGAUCCUGAUUCAGGGACUGGUGGCUCCGACAGCGAUGCUCAAAAUGCGGAAAGUGGGGCAUUUGAAAGGAAAGUACUAUUGAAGUGGACAUGCGCUGAUGCUCUACAGUGGUUGAUCUCGUUGGGACUCGAAGAAUAUCUGCCCUCUUUUCGAGCUCGACGAGUCGAUGGCAAAGCGUUGUCGAAAUGUGACCGGGCAGCUUUCACCCAGCUGGGCGUCACCCGGAUCGCCCAUCGCCAGAAAAUGGAAGCAUCGCUUCGACGGUAUAUGAGUAUCGUAUAGGUUUACCGUAAUUCCCUUUGUACAUGUGCAUUUCGUAAUAACGUAGACAUAUCUAGGGCUUGUCUGCUUAAUUUUGAAAGGGUGUUGAUGUAAAUUACUGAGAAGAAUUAAGUUUUACUAGAAAAGAAGGCACGAUUGAUUAGACUAGAUGUUUUUUGAAUUGUCGCUGUAUUUUUUAUUAGUCCUAUCGAUUUUUUGCUUUCGAUCUAUCUAUCAUAGAAUUCCGCUGUGAUUCCCGUGCCUAAUGAAUGCUCACGAAUGUUUGUCGUUAUUUUUUUAAACUAUCUUCCGUGGACUCCCAUUCAUUAAAAUCAUGAAGACUACUUUCCUGUGAGAGCAACCCUUUCCAUCAUCCAAGCAAUCGAUAAAUUUCUAGAAGUCUAGAGUUUUCUGUGCCAUCGUCGUGCCAACGCGGUUCCAGCUCCGUGUCAGCCGGGCUCCAGCGCCGUUUCAGCGCGAUGCUAGCCAGAACUUCCAGUCAAGUCAACUUCACGAUGCGUGUCC